AUGUGGUACGGCGGACACGGCGAGUCCAACGCGGGAAUCUCGUACAUGAGAGGGCCGAAUGGCGAACCGGGACCUGCCAUUUCCAUCAUUAUGGCAGAUAAGUACAGCGAUAUCGACGUCGACCGAGGUGACGAUAUCGUCUACUGCGGAAGCAAUUCACUUGACAACACCUCGAGCAACACUCCCGCCGAUGGCGGACCGCCCGUUCGGGGUAAUGCAGAGACUUCGCCUUCAAUCAUCAUGGCAGACAAGUACAGCGACAUCGACGUCGACGGAGGUGAUGACAUUGUUUACUGCGGAAGCAACUCACUGGACAAUACAUCGAGCAACACUCCCGCCCAUGACGGACCGCCCGUUCGAGGCAACGCAGCCCUAUUCAAGCCCACAGAGAAGAAUAUUAGACUUGUUCGAAUAUGCUCCAAGAACCCUGAGCGGGCGACUCAGAAUCCUCUUACGGGCGAGACUUUUGGCUCAAGAUACGCCAUCAAGAGAAAGCUGGAGAUCAUCAAGAGGUUUCCGCCCGAGGGACGAUCCGGAAAACAACAUCGCGUCUUCACUUCGCCCAACAGCAACGACCAGGUUGUCGGUGGUUAUCUUGAAGAUCUCCCUGACCCCGAAGAUCUUGUCGCUCACCUUGGACAUACUUACGCCGACCUUGGGGAUCCUAGCUCAUUUGCUUCUACGGGCCCUGAGCAGAGUAUCGACUUCCACACGAGUUUCGAGGGGAUGCCCCCAAACAGACCGGCCGACCAGGGCUUGGGCCCGACAGCCCUCCCAGAAACUGAACAGGCCAACAACAACAGCAAUGACCUUGAUUUUCAAGACGGAGUUACAAACGCUGCUCCUCCUCUCGCCUAUGGGCUCGCCACUGGCCACGCCGCCAUGUGGAUAUUUUACACUGUCAAGCAUAGCAGAAGCAGUCCGGUAGCAACGCUUCUAACUGCCACACUUCUGGACAAGACACGGCGAACAUGA